AUUUUGAAAAAUGCCAAGUUCACUAACUCGCCGGCAGCUUACAGCGUGAGUCUGCUCCAGGCCAAACAUUGGCGCAUGGUGGAGUCGUCAGCAGGUGCGCCCCCCGGGGGCUGGAUUAGUGCGUAAUCUCUCUAAUACCAACACACGCCGGUGCAGGUAUACGUUUCUCUUGUCCGAGACAUUUCAAUUUUUCUGGAUCUGCAGUUCCUCCUAUGGUUUCUGGAUCUGCAGUUCAUCCUAUGUUUUCUGGAUCUGCAGUUCCUCCUAUGGUUUCGAUACAUAUGUUGGAUCAGAGCGUGGAAGAUUUUUUAAAACUGUGUAGUAGAAUAUUUACAGAUAUUUUCUAGCGGCUCAUAUUUUGAAUCUCACCUGUUGGCUUAGGUGCUUAACGUGGGCUUUCAUUUCAUGGUUCGUUGAUAAGGUGAGUUUUUUUGUUUUUGUUUGUUUUCUUUGGAUGGAGUGUGGUGAAAUAAGAAAAUAGAUGAAUGCUAAUACUGACUGGCUAAAAAACAUUUUUGCCAAGAAAUCAAACAUUUAAUGUUGAUGUAGUCUAAGCUUACCUGAUGAAUCUUUUAAGACCAUGAAUACAUAUUGGCACGAGUAUUAAAAAAUAUGCUAAUUUUGUAAUAAUCAUGUUGCUUAGUUGUUUGGCCAAAAUAAUGUGUACAUUGGCUUUGUUUCCUACUCGGGACAUUGUCUCAUAAUGUGUACAUUGGCUUUGUUUACUACUAUAACAUUGAAUAACAUCGUCAUCUAAUGUGUAAAUUGGCUUUGUUUACUACUAUAACAUCGUCAGAUAAUGUGUACAUUGGAUUUGUUUAAUACUAUGACAUCGUCAGAUAAUGUGUACAUUGGCUUUGUUUACUACUCUGACAUCGUCAGAUAAUGUGUACAUUGGCUUUGUUUACUACUAUGACAUCGUCAGAUAAUGUGUACAUGGGCUUUGUUUACUACUAUGACAUCGUCAGAUAAUGUAUACAUUGGCUUUCUUUCCUACUAUGACAUCAUCAGAUAAUGUGUACCUUGGCUUUGUUUCCAACUAUGACAUCAUCAGAUAAUGUGUACGUUGGCUUUGUUUCCGACUCAGAACAUCGUCUGCUCAGUUAUGUUUUUAACAGGGGUUCUUAACCAGGGGUGCAAGCAACAUCUAGGGGGUGAGGGGCGUGCCAGGGGGUGCGGCAAUAGCCAGAAAAUCAGUUUGUUUGACAUACUUAUUAGGAUUUUCUUUUAAUCGCGGGAGGAUGAGGGAAAUAUGUCUGGAUAUUGAGGUGGGUGUGCAGGAAAUGUUUGGAAAUCAAGGAGUGCUGCGCUAAAAAAAAAUGUUAAAAAACCCUGGCUUGGAAGAAUAACGUUAAGACAAAGAGGCAUAUACAAAGCAAAGGAUUGAUAGGUCCGAGAUGGUUUUGGAUGCGUCGGACAAUACAAAGACAUGUUUUCCCAUAAAUCAGAAUGUACAUUGUGGCGUGGCAGACUAUACAGCAAGUCCUACACCCUACCUGACCGCCGUUAAACAAUAGCCCUACAGACAGUCCUACAGACAGUCCUGUUUACAGUCCUACAGACAGUCCUACAGAUAGUCUUACAGAAAGUCCUACAGAUAGUCCUACAGAAAGUCCUACAGAUAGUCCAGUUUACAGUGCUACAGAUAGUCCUGUUUACAGUCCUACAGACAGUCCUACAGAUAGCCAUGUUUACAGUCCUACAGACAGUCCUACAGAUAGUCUUUUUUACAGUCCUACAGAUAGUCCUUACCUUACCCGUGGUUCUUUAGUGAUCAAUAUAAUAGUCGCUUCCGAAGAAAUGCAACCUUUUCACCUCAGUUCAAUCGGCACGCUAGCUGCUUGACAGCUUUUAUUUUUUUCAGUCAGUACCAUUGAUAUAAAAUUUGUUGAAUAUGGGAGGGCCGGUUGUGAAAAGGAAGCAGCCACAACAGAGGCAAAAUAUAUACAAGAGAUGUUCUAUUUUCUGUAUAUAAAAGGGUAAGCAAUUAAAUGAGCUUUCCAUGAGGUGCGAAUAGCUUCAAAUCCUGUUAUAUACCUACGCACUCCGAAGUUAACUAAAUCCUUCUCGCUGACGGCAUGGGGCGCCAUGUGCACUGGUAGCAUCAAGAUCAUUGAGGGCGCUCGGGGCACUAAAGACUCUAGGAGCACAUGGAUCAUUGAGGGCAUGGGCGUAAUGGAAGCAUGGGCGUAAUGGAAGCAUGGGCGUAAUGGAAGCAUGGGCGUAAUGGAAGCAUGGGCGUAAUGGAAGCAUGGGCGUAAUGGAAGCAUGGGCGUAAUGGAAGCAUGGGCGUAAUGGAAGGAUGGGCGUAAUGGAAGCAUGGGCGUAAUGGAAGCAUUGGGACAAAUAUUGGGACUUGCUGGCUGAUUUUCUCAAUUUGGACGUAGCGUUGUUGUUUUUUUCGUUUUUGUGUUGUUAUUUUUGAAACCAUCUUUCUCCCCCAGGCUUCUCACGCACUGAUCAAACAUUCACUUUGCUGUCGGCUAGACUUCACAAAGCUCAAACGAGUCUUAUGUCAGUGCAGAGUGAGUCUAAAAGGACCCGGGUCCGAAUAGCGUCGAUGCGUUUCCGGUUCCAGUUUGACUAAAUGCUAUUCGAAUGUCAUUAAUUGUGGUAGUUUAUUUUAGUUAAACUGAAGAAGUAAGUAGACAAACAUGUAGCCCAUUCAGUUAUCUUUCAUUUGAUACCAAGUUUUGUCUCACAAAUCCUACACUAAUUUUUACAUAUUUUUUAACAAACCCAAACUCUCACUUCUCGGACCCGGGUCCGAAUAGCCGCAGCCUUUAAUUAUUGUUUAAAAAUAUUUAACAGCCACUCCCUCUCUCUCUCUCUUUCUCUCCAUCAUUCUCUCUCUCUUUCUCUCUCUCCCUCUUUCUCUCUCUCUCUUUCUCUCUCUCUCUUUGUCUCUCUCACUCUACAUCAAUUCUCUAUCUACAUAAUUCUUUAUGUUCAUCAAUUCUCUAGCAAAUUAUCUACAUCAUUCACUAUCUAACAAUCGACAUCAAUUCUCGUUCUACAUCAGUAGUCUUUCUAUAUCAAGUCUCUAUCUACAUCUACGUCAUCUAAUUCAGUCUUCUAUUUACAUCAAUUCUCAAAUACGUCAUCUACAUCAAUUAUCUCUCCAUAGCAUUUCUCUAUCUACAUCCAAGUCAUCUACCUCAAUUCUCUAUCGACUUCAAUUAUAUAUGUACAUUAACGUCCUCCACAGCAAUUCUCUAUCUAUAUCAAUUCUCUAUGUACAUCAAUUCUCUUUGUACAUCACUUCUCUAUGUGCAUCACUUCUCUAUGUACAUCAAUUAUCUAUGUACAUCACUUCUCUGUGAACAUCAAUUCUCUAUGUACAUCACUUCUCUAUGUACAUCAAUUCUCUAUGUAAUCACUUCUCUAUGUACAUCAAUUCUCUAUGUACAUCACUUCUCUAUGUACAUCAAUUCUCUAUGUACAUCACUUCUCUAUGUACAUCAAUUCUCUAUGUACAUCACAACUCUAUGUACAUCAAUUCUCUAUGUACAUCAAUUCGCUAUUUACAUCAUUUUUUUUAUGUCCAUCAAUUCGCUAUGUACAUCAAUUCUCUAUGUACAUCAAUUCUCUAUGUACAUCAAUUCUCUAUGUACAUCAAUACAUUUUUUGUGAAAAACAUUUAGUUUUUUCUGCUUUGUUUCGGGUUGUUUGUAUUUCCCUUGCCUUUUCAUUUCUUUGUUAGAUUUGUAAUGGCUUGGGGUUUCUGGGAGAUCUUUUUUUUUUUAAAUACCGCCAUGUUUUCGGAACAUUGCCAGGAUGAUUUUUUUUGUUUUAAAUGUUUAGCCAUCCAUUGUGCCACAUGUACGUCGAAACGCUUACUUUGUUGAGAGAUGUUUUCAAGGGGGAAGAGGGGGGGGGAGGGGGUGAAAGAUUCACUUUUAUUUUGAAGCGAUUGUUGGAAUAAAUAUGGUUGAGGAUAUUAUGGCUGAUCAUAUUAUGGUUGGUGAUGUUAUAGUAUAGCCAUCCAUUGUGCCACAUGUACGUCGAAACGCUUACUUUGUUGAGAGAUGUUUUCAAGGGGGAAGAGGGGGGGGAGGGGGUGAAAGAUUCACUUUUAUUUUGAAGCGAUUGUUGGAAUAAAUAUGGUUGAGGAUAUUAUGGCUGAUCAUAUUAUGGUUGGUGAUGUUAUAGUUGGUGAUAUAAUUGUUGAGAAAGUUAUGUUUGAGGAUUUUAUGGUUGAGGAUAUUUUUUGCUUGUUGUCUAUUUCGAUAUUUUCAUGAGGUUUUGUUGAUUUUUUACUUGUAUUUAUUUAUUUAUUCUUGUGUUUUUUGGGAUACAUACCAAAUCGCAAAAGAAAUAUUUGUGUGGCUAUUUUGAUUUCAACUUUUUCUUGUGAUGUUUGUGGAAAUUAUUAUUUGAAAGAAAGUUAUUGAAGAAGGGGCGCUGCAAAGUGAAGUCUUAAUCAAAAAAAAUACAAUUUAUUUUAAUGUAUCCACAUGGAUGCCUUGUGAAUUUUAAUGGAUAUCUAUACAAUUUCAAAACCUUAUUUAAUUUGCCAAGAAAAUCCACGAUUACGGAUGGAAGUAAAAGUUAUGGUAGUACAAAGUUUUAUUGGUCUGCAAAGGCUGUGAAGAAAUGUAGAGCUCUGUAACAGGUAGCUGGAUGAUUGCUUACAUGUUAGUGGGGGAAAGAGCGAAGUGGCUUAGCCAUAUGCAGGAACAGUGGGUUUGAGACUAGAGGAAUGGGAGAAGAGACAGGAGUAGUGGACUAUAGCAACGGUUCUCAGCGUGUGGGUCACGACCACCUCGGGAUCGCAUGACAUUUCUCCAGGGUCAUGUUGAAAAACGGCUUUGUUGUCAAAUGAUUAUGCUUUAAAUAUGCAAAUAAUAUGCAUAUAAAAGAUAAUUAUUUUUUUAAAAAAAACAUUAUCAAACUUCCUUCCAGACAUAAAUACAGUCAACAUCACCGGUGCCACCACCACCCACCCCCCAACCCUUUAAAAAACAACAACUUGUCAACACAUUUGUUCAAGUCUAGUCAUAAUCCUGGUUGUGGAUCGCCGAUUUUUUGGGGGUAAUUUUACCAAGGGUUUACGGUACUCAUGAUUAUUAUGAUAUGAUGCUCUAAGGUUCGAUUUCAUCAAAAUGAAGAGAGAGGUGGUUGUGUUUAAAGCUGAUUGAUGUUUCCCACUGGUGGUCGCCAUGUCUGGGUUUGACAUCAAUUCAUUUUGAAGAGGUCAUCAGACAAGAUUUUUUGGGUCUUAGUCUAUGGGGGGGGGGGGGGCAGGGCGGUAGGCAGGGUGUGUGGUGGGGGGGGGCCGUCCGCCCCCCCCCCCCCUCGCACUUUUUAUUUUAAUGGAGGGGUAGCAUUUUUUUUUCCGAGGAAGUCGCACUAAGCACUUGGUGGGUCAGGCCUCUGGUGAAUGAAUGGGUGUGUAGGUGGGGCAUAGGGUGGGCGGGUGGUGGGGCCUGUGGGUGGUGAAUGAAUGGGUGUGUAGGUCAGACUUUGGGUGGUGGGGCAAUUGAUUGGUGGGUGGGUGGUGGGGCAAAUGAUUGGUGGGUGGGUGGUGGGACAAAUGAUUGGUGGGUGGGUGGUGGGGCAAAAGAUUGGUGGGUGGGUGGUGGGACAAAUGAUUGGUGGGUGGGUGGUGGGGCAAAUGAUUGGUGGGUGUGUGGUGGGGCAAAUGAAUGGUGGGUUGGUGGCGGAGCAAACUCCUGUGUGAAAGAAAGAGCAUAUAAAGCAUUUGUCCGUCCGGUUUUAGAUUAUGCAUCUUCAGUCUGGGUCCCAUUUACACAGAAGAGCAUUGACAGGUUGGAGGCGGUCCAGCGACGAGCACCACGCUUUGUCCUAAANUGGUCACCAUUGGAGAAACGACGAUGACAAUCCAGGCUCUCCAUGAUGUACAAGAUAAAUAAUGGGCUGGUCCACUGUUCCAGUAUUAAACAGAAACUCGUCCCUCUCCCCCAUAGACAGCGACGAGGCCAUGACAGGCAAUUCAGGCUCAUACCAGCAAGAAGCCAGUAUAGGAGCUGCUCAUUCCUGUUCUCUCAUAUACUAUAUUUGCUACAGUUUAAGUUCUCUCAUGGACUAUUUUUGCUAUAGUUAAGGUUCUCUCAUAGACCAUAUUUGAUAUAGUUUAGGUUAUCUCAUAGACUAUAUUUGCUAUAGUUAAGGUUCUCUCAUAGACCAUAUUUGCUAUAGUUUAGGUUAUGUCAUAGACCAUAUUUGCUAUAGUUUAUGUUCUCUCAUAGACUAUAUUUGCUAAAGUUAAUGUUCUCUCAUAGACAUAUGUGCUAUAGUUUAGGUUCUCUCAUAGACUAUAUUUGCUAUAGUUUAGGUUCUCUCAUAGACUAUUUUUGCUAUAGUUUAGGUUCUCUCAUAGACCAUAUUUGCUAUAGUUUAGGUUCUCUCAUAGACCAUAUUUGCUAUAGUUUAGGUUCUCUCAUAGACCAUAUUUGCUAUAGUUAAGGUUCUCUCAUGGACCAUAAUUCUAACUUGUGACUUUAUUCUUGGUAUCUCCCUCUCACCUCCCCUCCCACUUGAGGCACUGGCUUUUCAUUUUAUUUAUAAAACUAAUUAUCUUGAAACAAUUGUUUACAUUUGGCCUCUCCUAUAAUAGCAUAAUAUGUCUGGAAACAAAAUGCCGGACAGGUGGCUUAGUUCCCGGUGGUGUAGUUCCCUGUGCUGUAGUUCCCUGUAGGGUAGUUUUCUGCUCCCUGUGGUAAGUAGAACGGUUCCAAGUGAGAAUUUAGCUUGAGAUUUAAUUUUACGUUGAGAAUUCGAACCCUGAUAUUAGCGUUGGAUUCCACUGGCCCAGGUUCUUAAUACCAUCGCUGAGUAAGUAGCCCUUGUAACCGUGCACAGUUGCAUCGCGAGCCCCUCUGAAACAUAGGAGCCAGAAUGAUCAAUACAUUGAUCGUGGCCCUCAAAAUAUAGAAGAAGACGAAGAAGAAGAAAACCCGUGCUUACAUUUUAUAACUUUUGAAAUAUUUAUCAUUGUCAUGCGUACUUUUAUUAUUACUGUUAUUAUCACCAUCAUCAUUAUUAUUAUAUUUUUGUUAUUUUCUAGAAGAAGAGGUCUACGCUAACAAUAAAUACUCGUUUAGUGUAUUUUAUAAAGUUUAAAAAUUUGAUAUUUUAAUCAUUAUUAUGUUAUGUAUUUAUUUAUUAAUAUAGUUUAAAAAUAGUUUUUAAAAAAAAAUACUUUGCUGUUUUUGCAAACAGGUUAAAUAUUCCUUACAUGUUUGGCAAGGAUUUUAGUUAACUUAAGGCAUUUUUUAAGUUUUUUUUAAAGGAUAUUUUCGUGCAUUUAUGAAAUUGUUAAAGUCAUGGACACGUGUUCAUACAUAAGUCAUUUAGCUUUAAGCGAUAAGUUAUAGUGUCAUUGUUGUUAAAAUUUCCAGGGCCUCAUCUCGGCAAAGAUCAGCUUCGCCCUCGACGUAUCCACGGCUUAUCUUUAGUGUAUCCACGGCGUAUAUCGACGGCGUUUCCACGGCGUAUAUCCACGGCGUAUAUCCACUGCGUAUAUCCACGGAUUAUCUGUGGUGUAUCCACGGCGUAUAUCCACGGCUUAUCCACGGCGUAUCCUGGCUUUAAAUGAAGUCGUUACCGCGCGGCUACAGCACAUGGCCCCACGUGACGUCUGACUAAUGACUCGAGCACUUUUGAAGAGUCAGAUGAUUAGACCCAGGUGUGGCCACGGCUGUUAGCAGACUGUAGUCUUGUGGUUAAAACGUACUGCCAGAACCCCAAGACUAUGAGACCCAACACUAUCAGACCCCAAUACUAUCAAUCAAACACUAACAGACCCCCAACACUAUCAGACCCCAAGACUAUCAGACCCCAACGUUAUCAGGCCCCAACACUAUCAGACCCCAACAUUAUCAGACCCCAACAUUAUCAGACCACAACACUGUCAGACCCCAACACUAUCAGACCCCAACACUAUCAGACCCCAAAACUAUCAGACUCUAACACUAUCAGACCCAACACUAACAGACCACAACACUAUCAGACCCCAAAACUAUCAGAUCCCAACACUAUAGGACUCCAACACUAUCAGACCCCUACACUAUCAGACCCCAACACUAUCAGACCACACACUAUCAGAUGCUAACACUAUCAGACCCCAAAACUAUCAGGCCCUAAAACCACAAGAACCCAACACUAUCAGACCCUAAGACUAUCAGACCCCAAGACUAUCAGACCCCAAGACUAUCAGACCCCAACAUUAUCAGACCCCAACACUAUCAGACCCCAAGCCUAUCAGACCCCAACACUAUCAGACCCCAAGACUCUGUUUUGUUGCCAGUUUAAACAAAGAAAUCCGUUUCUCUGCUGAAGUAGCGAACACAAUAAUUCGCCCAUCCUUAUCCUCGUUACGUUCAUUGGGUGCAUGGUGAAAGAGAUUCGAUUACGAAAGUUCAAGAUAAAAGUCGGAAGUUUUUUCGGGGGCCGACCAUGAGGUGCGUCACGUGCAGAGGCGUAGCGAGAGGGGGGCAGGUGGGGACAGAUGUUCCCGGGCGCAAGCUAGUUAGGGGCGCCAAAAUGUGCUUUGAUAUUAUAUUAUUGGUCAAAAUAAUGGGUUUGAGAGUUGAAAAAAAGAAAAGAAGGCGCUUUAAAAUGAAUCUUGUCCCCGGGCGCGAAUCUUGUCCCCGGGCGCCAACCACCCUCGCUUCGCCACUGGCCACGUGUCAGAAACAUAAAGUUUAGGGGGUGUCUAAGAAAGUGUGGCACCUUGUGACACGGAUAUAAAGGAGGUGUAAAGAUCGUGUGUGAUGUCAUACAUUUCAUUUUUCUUUUUUUACGUAUACAAAUAAUACCUGAAAUUGUAAGGGAUGUGAAACCAUCUGCUGUGACUGAUGGAGUCUGACAGAAGAUGUCAAUUUUAGAUUAAAUAUGUCACAGUAAGUGUGUGUUUUAAUCUAUAUUUUAAUUUAGAUUUAAUUUUUACCAUUUUUGUUUUUAGUUCGAAAGUGUUACUUACUUAGGCGGGAUGGGGGGGGGGAGGAGGGGGGAGGGGGUUAAAAAAUGUCCAAGAACAGCGUGACGUACCUUAUGUAUGUCGUACCCCCCCCCCCUUUUUUUCAAUGAUCAUUUGCUACUUCGUUGUAUCUAGAAAAAGGGGUGGGGGGUAGAGUGGAAUACAAGAUGAAUAUUUGAUGGCAGCAAGCGGUGUUGAAGAAAGUCAAUAUCCGACUGGAUUAUGAAUGUUAACCAAUUGUUUACCGGUAACUUAUUUUUACUUUUAUAGGUCUUAUAGAGCGCGCUCCCCCAGCCUACGGCUAGGCUCACCGCGUUUCACAUACACAUAUUAGCGCUAAUAAACAGGACAUUAAAACUGAUACAUACCUUUAUUUAUUUAUUUUUUAAGAGCUUAUAAAAAAAUAUGUUCACUCCGUGCCCCCCCCCCCUACCCGAAAUAAACAAAUUAUUUACAUGUCAAGCCAUAGACGGCACCCAGCAGCUUCGUUUAUCGUUCACAGAGGUGUGGGAAUCAGUCGGGAUAGUAUAAUUUAAAUAAAUGUGUCUUGAGUGCAGUUUUGAACACUUGGAUGGUCGGUAUACAGCGGAUGUGUUGUGGGAGAGAAUACCAUUUUUUUUUUUUUCGCAGUAAGAGAAAAAUCGUUCACCGUAUGUUUUAGUGUCUGUUUGGGAACAGAAAGAAUAUUCGUUUCUGCGGAGGAACGAAGCUGUCGAAGGUGUGAAUAGAAAGAAAGAAGUUCAGUACGAUAGGAAGGGCAGGAACCUGAGCAAAAGUUGUGUCGUAGAAAUUGCUCGGCGAAGCAUUCUUCAUAAUAUGGGAAAAGUCGUAACUUUAUUUGAAUCAGGAUCAUUAAAAAAAUAAUAAUAAUAAUUUUGCACAAUGCAUUCCGUUGGUCAAUUGUUUCUAAAUAAAAUGUUUAAUACACAUGUUCGCGCCGUUUAUUUCAUUCUUGGUAGAUCCGAUGUAAGAGCAAGGGUCUUUUUUAUAAAUUAUAUUUUAAAUGAUGUUGACAUUCUGUAAUCUUCUCAGUUGUCUCAUCAUGUUUUAUUUUAUUUUAUUUGGACAAAAUAUCUAUAAUUUCAUGAUGUUUUAAAACGUUUAUUGCAGAAGAUGUUCUUAUGUCUGAUCUCAUUCGUCGCUGUCCUAGCGCCAUCAUUGCACGGGGCUUACAUCGGGGAAGGCUGUGAGUAUGAUGGACGACUUUACAUGUCCGGGACGAAGUUCAAGGCUAAGGCAUGCACCUCGUGCCACUGUCCACGGGGUGGCGGCAUGCCGAACUGCGUCAUAGAGGAGUGCGCCCCAGAUCCUCACUGCAUCAAGUUCGACAACCAAAGUGGAGAGUGCUGUCCCGUUUGCCAGGAACGUGGCUGUCGUCAUUCGGGUAGAUAACAUGUCAUGUCAUCAGUGGGCUACCAGAGUUCUGGCCCUUGUUCAAUCUUUGUGGCAUACGCAUAAUCAUUUAAUAUGGAUAUUUAGAAGGUCUAUUCAGUUGAAGUGUUAUAAUAGUUAUUUUUUCAUUAAUUGCUGAAAUUUCCUCUGACUAUGAUAUGACUACUUUGAGUAUGAGUACUAUGACUAUUUACUAUAUAGGCAAAGCCUUAAAUUUAAUAUAAUAUAUCAAUAUAUAGGUUGCGCCCAUGACUAUGAUUAAACUUACCAUUCAUUUAAAUUCUCAGGGCAGUCAGGGGCCGUCUUCUAAGUAAUCCUAAGCAGCCAGGCUUCUGCUAGUGACAUUUAAAUUAUGUCAAGUUUUUGAGUAUCAGAAAUGGCAUUUAUCGUUUGAAAGUGUGAAACACUUGACCAGGGCGUGUUGUCAAAUAUUUUAAUCCUAGCGCAAUUUACUUGAUUGUCUGCACUUUUAAUAAAUCAGCUGUAAUUUCACUUGGAAAAAAAAAGUAAUGUUGUGAUUGGUUAUCGCAUCAAACAAAUUAGAAUUUGAUCAAAUUUUGAAAAAAAUAUCCACAAAAAGGAAACGGCCAACAAAAUAAUGCUUUCAUACAAAAAUUUGACGCAAAUUUGAAGCAUAUUUGACAAGAAUUUGAUGGUGUGAACUGAGCAUUAACCCUCAGUUAAGCGGUUAUGUUGCGUGGGUCUCAGAUAUUUACGUGUCCUUUAGUUGUGAUGUCGAAAGAAAAUUAAACGAUCAACUUCGAAUGCAAAGAAAGACAAGCGAAAAGUGGCAUGUGGGCCUCCAAACGUCACGUGACCGCUCUGCUCUUAAAGAUAGGCUGAGGCCUUAACUUUCAUAACAUAGCUAUUUAUUUAUUUUUAAAAAAUAAUGUUUGACUAUUUAUCUGGGUUUUUUUUUUUCAAAUCCUGCAUCUCGAUUUCGAACCGAUUUCUGAUGUCCAGUGGAGUUUAAAAUAGUUUAUACUUACCCAUCCCGGAUUACAAUAGAACUCUUCAUGAUCAGUAGGUCACCAGUGCACUCUACUAGCCCCUGAGUGACCUCUGUGUUUCAAAAUCAUGCACCUCGACUCAUUCCCUUAUCUACAAAUGAGAUGACACUUUGCACUUUUACACUUGGACGAAAAAGUAUAAAAUAAAAAUUAUAGAAAAUACUUGUUUUGAACACGCUUUUUCCCCAAAUGUAAUAACUUUUUAGUUAUAUGACUGCAACAACUCUUAAAUUCUUAGCGGCUUUUUUUUUUUUUUUUUACUCUCUAGUAGGCCUACAUAUUUUGGAAACAGUUAUUUUAAUUUAAAUUUUUUAUUUCCAAAGAUGGCAAGUUAUUUAUACUUGUUUUGAACACGCUUUUUCCCCAAAUGUAAUAACUUUUUAGUUAUAUGACUGCAACAACUCUUAAAUUCUUAGCGGCUUUUUUUUUUUUUUACUCUCUAGUAGGCCUACAUAUUUUGGAAACAGUUAUUUUAAUUUAAAUUUUGUAUUUCCAAAGAUGGCCAGUUAUUUCAGCAAGGGGAAGUCAUUCGCAACGAGGCAUGCGUGAGGUGUUACUGCCCCUUAGGAGGAGGAGAUCCAAUCUGUGAUGUGACGUCAUGUCCAUUGUCUCAGUGCGUGGAUCCUGUCAAGGUUCCUGGGGUCUGUUGCCCCAUAUGCCCAAAAGGUACAGAUUUUUUUUUAUUAUUUUCUUUCAUGCAGGCAUGUCCAUGUUAUCCAGUAAAUAUCUUCAUCGCUCAUGAUAUUGUUAUAUCCAUCCCAGUUCUAUAAAUAUAUCAAAUCUAAGCAUUUCUGUAGCUAAUGAGCCUAAUAUAGAAACUUUAUUGCAAUUAUAAAUAACAUGUUAAAAAUGUGUUCUUCUCUGUAGGUCCCAACUGUCAGAUCGGCCUUCUAACUCUCCCGAUUGGUCAGAGCGUCAUGAUAGAGGGCGCCACGUGCACGUGUGAAAGUUUUCUGGAUGUUGACGGCAUCAAGCGAACACUGGCCCGAUGCAACAAAAACUGAGCUCCCUUGAACAAGAUAUUUUUUUUUAAAGACAUCGUGAAGUAAAAAUAACAAAGUGUAGGGUCAAAGGUCAUCGUUCAGUUUUUCUCUCUCAUGUUAUUGUUUGACCUAGGAAUAGCCUCCACCCCAAAAUUGAUAUUAUAAUCCUGAUAUAACAUUUGGGCUCAUCUAAAGUGUGUAAGAAAUGUAUAUUUGUCAUGAGCUCAGAAUGGAAAAUUGUUAUCAUUAUUAUUUUAUUACUUGACUUGGCUAGAAUAGAUGUAUUUCUUAUUUCCCUCCACUUCUAAAGUCCACUACCCUCACCCGGGGAGGGGGGGGGGGCAGGAUAUUCACUGAGUUAUGGUGAUUAACAACCACUUCUACCUCUAGGGCCAAACCGGCAUAACUAUUUUUAACUCAAAAAGCUUUCAAAAAUAAAACAGUUCUUGAAUGUAAGCUUAGAAAGUUUGCCCAACAGAGUGGGGUCGUUAACUUGCGUUAAAGUAAUCAAAAUAUCAAGUGAAU